AUGAAUAAUAAACCUGUUGAGAAUUCAAUGAAAAACAAACUUGAAUCUGCUUUAAAUCCCAUACAUUUAUCAAUAAUUAAUGAAUCAUACAUGCACAAUGUACCGAAAGGUUCAGAAACUCAUUUUAAAAUUGUAUUAGUAUCAGAUAAAUUUGAGAAUAUGACACUUUUACAGAGGCAUAGAUUAGUCAAUUCAACUCUCGAAUAUGAAUUACAAAAUGGAGUUCAUGCACUUUCUAUUGUUGCUAAAACUCCAUCACAAUGGAAUCCUGAAGAAAAUACUGCUCCUAGUCCAAAAUGUUUGGGUGGCUUUGGUAAAUAG